CGCGGAAAGAAACCCGUUACACACAUGUUAGCAUAUCACUCACUGUUGCAGCACCACGCCGCUCCUGACAUCACGCUGCAUCCUCAUCACCUCGCCUAAAACAUGCUACCCCUCCCUGUUUCUCCUCUAAAAUUCACUUUACCCCUCUACUUCCAUCACCGAUCCACUAAACUCACUAAUGCACACACCCUCUACUCUAUUCUCCCGGCCUAAACUAGCAAGUCUCCGCUAGCCCUGGGAUCCCCAAAAUGCGGCUGAAGCACGGUGCUCGACUCCAGCGCGUGCCUUGAAAAAAACUUUUUCUUCUUUGAAAUUCUAGAGCCCAGCCCAGUGGAUCUGGGCAAUUGCGUGCGCGCGCAGAUAUGGCGUGGCGGGUGCGACCUGACUGCCGAGUUUUUCACACGCCAUCUUAUCUGAUGAUCAGAUUAGAUGGCCUGCUCGGCUUUACAUGGGCGCACCAAGUGAAAAAAAAACAAGUUGGUCGGCAAUUCUCGGAGACCGGUUGAAUAGAAUGGAUUAGCCCUGCCAAGCUCUUUGUAGUAGGAGGAUACCGCACCCGAAAGUUAUCCGUAUUGCAUUCUCGUCCCUCUAAUAUCCCAGUCCCUACGUACCUAGUGUGGCAGCCGAAGCACUAGUCUCGAUACAACAUCACCAUUGUUUUCUGUGCAAUUGACCAAACCGACACAAUGGCUUCGACUUCGGCACCGGCUGCCAUUGCUCCUCAGAGGCAGCAGCAGAAGCUCUCGCACUUGUACGGCCCAACAGACCCUCUGCUUGUCGACCUCACGCUCGGCGAGAUGCUCGAGAUGCAGACAUACCAGCACGGCAACCAGGAGUGUCUGGUGAUUCCGUGGACCGGCGCCCGCUGGACAUAUCUUGAUUUACAGCAGCAGAGUGCAGCAUUGGCCCGGUCGCUGCUACACAUGGGUAUUGGCGUGGGCGACCGCGUGGGCAUUAUGGCGGGUAACUGUGAGCAGUAUGCUGCUGUGUUUUUCGCUGUGGCUAAGAUUGGCGCGAUCCUGGUGAUUCUGAAUAACACGUAUACACCGACAGAAGCCAUGUAUGGAAUUAGAUUCAGCGAUUGCAAGGUAGUGUUUACGACAAAGACGAUUGGGCGCAUGGAUAAUAGCCGCCUGUUGCAGGAUUUGGCGAAUCUCGAGGUCAAGGACCGCCCGAGAGUGGUGAUUUUGAGGGGAGAGAACCCCGGAGAGUAUCCGACGUAUGAUGAGCUUGUUAAGAAGGGCGCCAGAAUGGAUUACGAGAUGCUGCAUAGGGCGGCGGCAAAGGUACUCCCACAUCAGGUUGUCAAUUUGCAGUUUACGAGUGGCACGACGGGUCUUCCCAAGGCGGCCAUGCUCACACAUCACAACCUUGUCAACAAUUCUCGAUUUAUUGGCGACCGCAUGCGUCUCACUCCUCUCGAUGUUCUCUGCUGCCCGCCGCCGCUCUUCCACUGCUUCGGUCUUGUUCUGGGUCUGCUUGCUGUUGUCACGCACGGCGCAAAGAUUGUGUAUCCGGGCGAAAUCUUUGACAUUCCCGCCACACUGCGCGCCAUUUCAGAUGAGUCGUGUACUGCGGUGCACGGCGUCCCGGCCAUGUUUGAUUCACUCUUCCAGGCUGAGUUCCCUGAGGGCUUCAACUGCGACAGACUGCGCACAGGAAUCAUUGCUGGCGCGCCCGUCCCACGAUACUUGAUGGAGCUUCUAGUCAACAAGUUUGGCAUGACAGAGUUUACUAGCAGCUAUGGACUGACGGAGGCAUCGCCGACAUGCUUUAAUGCUUUUACCGAUGACGCCAUGCACACACGCCUCACGACUGUCGGCACACUCAUGCCCCAUGCGCAGGCCAAGAUUGUCGACCGUGAUGGAAACACAGUUCCUGUCGGCGCGCGAGGCGAGCUCUGUAUUGCAGGAUACCAAUUGCAAGCGGGAUACUGGAACAAUUCCGAAAAGACGAACGAGGUCAUGGUUAGAGAUGAGGCUGGCGUGCUGUGGCUGCAUACCGGCGAUGAGGCCGUCUUUGACGAGCACGGUUAUUGCACCAUUACUGGCCGCUUCAAGGACAUCAUUAUCCGCGGCGGCGAGAACAUUUACCCACUAGAGAUUGAGGAGCGUCUCAUGGCCCACCCGUCCAUCACGAGAGCUAUUGUUGUGGGCUUGAAGAACAAGCACUAUGGUGAAGUCGUGGCGGCGUUUGUGGAAAAGGUCGAAGGCGGCGAAAAGCCCAGCUUCCAGGAGCUCAAGGAAUGGGUCCGUCAACGACUCGGCGGACACAAGAGUCCUGCACACGUUUUCUGGUUAGGUGAGAAUGGUAUUCCUGUAGAGGUUCCUCUCACGGGAAGCGGCAAGGUGAAGAAGUUCGAAAUGGCCAAGCUUGGCGAUGAGCUGCUCAAGAGAAUGGAGACCACUGCGAAGUUGUAGAUGUAGAAAAGAGACAGGACGUUUGAUAAAAUAGAGUGAGUUUUGGUUUCUGCUGCGAUAGAUGAACUUUUCAAUUUUGUAUAAGAAAGAAUGAUGACUAGAUAUUGCUGCUACUUAAACGGCGCCUUUCAUACUAUAAUUUCGUUUCCUUUUUAUUUUAGUUUCACGAGGGCGUGGUAAGCAAUCCCUUAGAGCUUAGGCAUGAGGCCGAGCGGUAUGCCGCCGACAAGCUUCUGGUUAUCUCCCAGCGGGCAGAUCUGGAAGAAUCGCUCGCGGUGGCACAUAUCCAGGGCACUGCGCUUAUGAGGGAGGUCGACAAAGUGGUUGACGCCAAAUCCAUGCAUCAGGUCGUACAUGAUACAUGUCGAGUUGCCGUUUCUCGGCUCGCCCACGACAGCUAGCGUACGAGGGUCGUCGAUAAACAGGUAGUGAAUUGUCGAACUCCACCACGCAGAUACACGGUGAGGCCCACGGAAGCGGACGUCGCCGACGAGAGCAUGGCGGCCGCGGUCCCAGUCGCCAGCGUCGUAGUAGCUGCCCAGGGCGUCCUCCUUGGCCCAGUAGAACUCAAAGUACGCAAAGAAGGUCUCGUCAAACUUGGCGAGGAUGGCAAACUGGUGAGGGUCCUCGUCUAGCUUGCGCAGGUAUGCGGUGUGCUCCUCGACAGUGCCCGACUGGUUCCAGCCCUCUGAGACGCGCGGGUCAUUUUGCCAUGUGUGGAAGAGCUGGACGUGCUCUUCGUUGCGGUAGUCUAGGACAACCAUGGACAAGACUUCCUUGAGAUGUGGGAUCCAGCGGCUAUAGAAGACGGAUCCGGGAGCUGGCUUGGCUGCGCGAAGAAGGUGGCGCGAUUGUUGUACACGCUCGGGCUCCUGAGGGUCGCCGGCAGACGCAAUUGAGAGAGUCUGGUAAGUGGGCAUGGGCGGGAAAGAUGAGAGGGGUGUCGACUUGGGCAGAGAGGCGGGCGAGUUCUCGGGGCACCAGAUUGGUCGUGGGCCAAAGGGUGCGCCGGCGCCUUGCCAGAAGGUGCUGCGGAGGCCGAUGAUGGACACGGCGGUUGGAUUGGCGGCUGGGAUAGGGUCGUUGCGCGAAGCUUGAGGGUGUGCAAUGGCGAGAGAGACGUCCUGGAGCUGCUGGGCGACGAGUUGUGCGUCUUUGCCUUGGAGCUCGAGGCGGACGGUCUCCAUGGUCGAUCUCACGGUGUAGAGCGUGUACAUGAGAAGCCACAUGUUGGCAAUGCUAGGAACGGCAUUGUCGUCCCAAGCAAUGAUGCUGACCGGCGAACGUCUGGCGCGGCCCCAAGGACCAUUGUUGGAGCUGGGCGGGAGUUCGAUGGACUUGGGGUCUGUCGGGGCCGAGAAGCGCAGGCCAGCAGAGUGAAGAUCAAACGGCAGGCUUUGGACGGUUGAUCCGGAGCGCAAUUGAAGCUGGUAAAGCGCUGGCGAGGAGCUGGCAACGCUGUGCAGCGUGUACUCGCUAUAGUACGGAUACGGAAGCUUAAGAAUGGUCUCGGAGGGCGAGAUAUUCGCCAGGUCAAGAUGUAACGACAUUGUUUCGAUCAAUUGGACACGGUAGACGAUGCAAUUGGUGAAGAUUAAGAUGUAGACGGCGAUGAUGUAAAGUACAGGGAAUCCCAAGUUUAGUCUAGAGCCGCUGCAGUGGGCAGAGUGCUAAUGCUAAUAGCUAAUGACCUCAUCGGCCUUGUUGUAUGCCGAGGGUUGGGUCGCCCACGCUGCACUGACAUGUUUAGCCGGUAAUUGGAGAUGCAGAUGGCGGCCCCCGAACCCGGCAUAUGGGUGACGAUCGUGCAACUAGCCGUAAGAGUAGCAGUAGUACUUCAUAGUGGCAGUAGCAGAGAGCGACUAGGGCCACUGAUUGAUAUGGAGAAAGGCCCUAGAGUUUAGUUACAGGCACGCCCUCUCCACCUUGGGCGGCAUCAGGCAAGUAAAACUGGUCCAAUAGGAAACAGUAGACGCGCGGGUGGAACGCCGCGGAAACAAAACUUGCAGGGCGAGCCAAGAAGCAAAGACGGAAGAAACAGGCCAAGCCGGAGAUAUACUGUAAGUGGUUGUGUGCCCAGGCGAAAGCGAGAAUGGCACUGGGGAGGUCCAGUCAGGCUUAUCUGAUCUUGCGGCUCAAGUGCCCAAAGCGAGCGGAGAUUCGGACAUGUGUGUCGUUGUCUUGUUCUGGAAGUGUUAGUCAGGAACGAAUGCAGUGGAUCAGAUAACCUCUAGGCCUUUUCCUAGCUUCACGCAGUAGCAUUAGAAAAAAGUUAAUGGGUGGAGGCGGACGGAGA